AUACAGUUCUAGCGCGUAAGUCAGCCAACUUAGCAUAACAGAGUUAGCUUAGCAUAGUCAGUGUUUAAAGCGGCUGUUUGUUGACAUUGUGUUUUUCUGCUGUAUCUGAUGAGUGCAGGUCGGACACAUGGACAUAAUAAAGAUAUAAAGUUGUCACUUACGGUGUUUUUAUUCUAACAAGAUAAUAAAACGCUUUGAUGUAGCUGAAGGUGUGUGAGAGAGAAAGACAGGUAUGAAGAUGCUGCUGCCCAUAGCGAUGCUGAUGCUCUCACUCACUCAGAUCUUCAUCAUCACCUUCAUCAGCAUGCUGCCUGUGGAGGCCCACAUCGCUGCAUACUCUGGUGAUAAUCAGACAGAGAGGUUCGAUGAUGCUCCUGCUCGGUUUGGAUACAGAUUGCCCAGUCAGGGCCUGAAGGGUUUCCUGAUCAGUGCACGGCCAGAGAAUGGGUGCGUACCAAUUGAUCCUCCACCAACGAGAGAAAACUCCAGCAGCGGCUACAUCGUCCUCAUCAAACGAUACCACUGCAAUUUUGACAUCAAGGUGCUGAAUGCUCAGAGGGCAGGUUACAUGGCUGCCAUUGUUCACAAUGUAGACUCGGAGGAGCUCGUCAACAUGGGAUCUGAUGACUUGGAGGUGGUGAAGCAGAUAAACAUCCCGUCUGUGUUUGUUGGAGAAAAGGCUUCUAAGUCAUUAACAGAGGAGUACAGUUAUGAGAGAGGAGGUUAUGUAAUCCUGAUGCCUGAUUUCAGUCUGCCAUUGGAAUAUUACCUGAUCCCAUUCCUCAUUAUUGUGGGAAUCUGUCUUAUUCUCAUUGUGGUCUUUAUGAUCACAAAGUUUGUUCAAGACCGACAGCGAGCCAGAAGGAGCCGACUGCGCAAAGACCAACUGAAGAAACUCCCCAUUCACAAAUACAAAAAAGGUGAUGCCUAUGACGUGUGUGCAAUCUGUCUGGAAGAGUAUGAGGAGGGAGAGAAGCUGCGUGUGCUGCCAUGUUCACAUGCAUAUCACUGUAAGUGUGUGGACCCAUGGCUAACGAAGACUAAGAGGACAUGUCCGGUGUGUAAGCAGAAGGUGGUUCCGGCUGGUUCAGAGUCAGACUCGGACUCAGACAGUGGUGGAGACGAGAGUGAUGAGGUUUCUGAAAGCACUCCGCUGCUGCGCCCACACCCCCCUACCCGAAUCCGUACCCCCUCUCUGAUCAGCACACACUCUGCCUCCACCGGCCCUCCUGACUGCUCCGACUCCGACUCCACUGAGGAGGAGGAGGAGGAGGAGGGUGAGGUAGUCACAGUGGAAACAGUUGUGGUGUUGCAGCAGGAACGACCUGAUGAUGAUCUCAUCAAUGCCUAAAGACAAGCCAAUCAGACUGUUAAUUAAUCUGAAAUGGCAGUAUUGCUCACGCACGCGCGCACACACACACAAACACAGAGCACGGUUUAUGAUUUUAUUACAAAGGUAUAGUGAUGAUGAAUGUUGUUUCUGAGAAAGACACACACACACAGAGCUUUACAUUUAUCCAAAAUAAGGAUUUAACAGACUUUAUCUCUACCUUAAAAUUAUGCCUACAUAGGGACCCUCCUCCCGAAUGAAACCAGUUAUGAAGUGAUGAUGAUGAUGAUGAAUAUUACUGUGUAUCACGUAACGAUUUUCGGCACACACGUGUCUUCUGUAGCACCUUGUUAUUAACCUUGUUUUCCUUUAUAGGAGUUUUAAUGAUUUGUUUUUUUUUGCCAAAACUGUAACCUGUUUUGAUUUCCUGUGUAAAACGCAACCAAGCGUUUUGUCUGUGCCACAUUUAGAAUGAUAUAAUUCGUUUUGACUGAAAUUCUGAUUAGCGCAUGAUCAGCAUUCAGACACUCAGCAGUGUUCAUUUCGUCAGCGUGUUCUAGUGUUCUGUCUUGUGACUGUUACACACGCGCUGCCUUUCCCAGCUUCACUUUGUUUACUUUAUUUUUCCAUUCAGCUUUAAUUUCAGCUGCAGUAAAUCUAUCCUGUUGGAAAAACUCUAUUAUCAGACAUAAGACAAAAGUCUGCUUUGUUUAUGUAUAGACUUGGUCGUAGAUGAGCAUUACAGAAAUCCUGAUGUUUAUUUAGAUCCCUAAUGAACAUGCUGGUGUUGACAAUGAAAACCCCUGAGAUUACUUAAGUAUUAUUAUUGAUCAAAAUGUGUCAUGGUAGGAAUGGAGCAGGGAACAUCCCAAAAUUUCUAAUCCAUGUAAUCAUAUUUGGCGAAGAAAUGGUGAACCAAGUAGAAAUGUCACCUCUGUUUUAUGUGAUGAUUUUUUUUCAGACAAUAGAAAAUGAAAAGAAUGAGGUCUGCCACGGGUAUGAAUAAAUACUUCGAUCCAGUCAGAUAAUAAUUAUUCAUUUUGAUUAUAUUCUGGUAUGUCCUUUAAGUAAAUCUCCCCGAAUCUAUUUGUUAAGUAAAUGUCCCCGAAUCUACUUGUGAAAUGUCCUGCUGUUCAUGAGUGUGUGCAUGAUAAGACUCAAAUCAUUCCCCAAACAGCUAGACUGCAAUGUCUGAUCACUUAUUGCAGUGGUUUUCAAAGUGGGAACCCUGAAGCACUACCUAUUUUCUUUGAAUAGUUGCAGCAGUAGAAAUCACAUACCACCUAUAUCAGUUAUUUUAUGUAUUACCAACUGAGAUUAUAGCUAAAUGUUCUAGAUUAUAGAAAGAGUUUCAUCCAAACUUCAAAAAACAAGGUAGGUUACAAAUAUUGCUAAUUUGAGUCUAACGUGUUGCAUCUGUGGACAGUUCAUGAAAUUAAAAAAAAGCUCUAAAGUUUUAUUCUAGACAUUUAAAUUAUGUUUAUUAAGUAAACAAUUCUCUGUCUCAGGGUUCUCACGAAGUUAUGUACUUUGUAAUGGUUGGACCCACUGAGUCUAGCCAUGUUGACAUUCACUGUCAUUUGUCCAUUGAUUUUUUUUUUUUUUUUUUCAUUUCUUGCAAUCUCAAGUAAACACUAUAAAAAGUUUAGAAAUUAAAAAAGAAAAAAAACACUAUUUAAAAUUCCCGGUGGCAGAAACAGUCACAGUCUUCUAACAGUUCCAGGCUUCCCAGUUCCUCCUGUGUUCAGCUUACUGUCUCUGUGGAGUUUCAUAUGUGAAUACUAAUCACUCAUUAUUUUUAGUUGAGACUGUCAGCCUUUUACUGAGAUAGGUCAGGGGGGUUGCAUGUCUAUAGACCAAGGCGCAGCAGAUUUUUAACAAGUGUUGUUCACUGAUGUAUUUCAGAGACUGCUGUAUAUGUUUCACAUAUUCAUUUUAAAAAGCAUUCUCAUGUAUUAAAAAAAAAUUAUUAUUUACUUAAUGAUCUAACCUGGAUUCUAAGUGGAAUAAAAAUAAAAUGGAAGAAAAAAAACUGUUG